GCGUAUGUCAACAGCUAUGCCUUGUUCAUGGGUUACCUAUCCAUGGCUAUCAAGGGCCUAGGUUUCCUUGUACUUACUUGGACUACAGUCGUACUCCUUGGUGGUUUCGUCUCCAUGCUUCAGAAGAAAGAUUUUUGGUGUCUCACAUUUAUCACCCUCAUACAGACAGCCGGGGUAUUCGAUGUCUACCUGACCGAGAAGUUAAGCCAUAUAGCGGAUUCAUCCAUUGGAUUGGUGUUGGGUGCUCUUUAUGGCGUUAUGGGUGACAACUUUACCUCUGGUGCCGGAAAGUCGAUGAUGUCUGUUAUCAUGCGUCUCUUGCUAGCAUUUGUUUGCCUGGUGUUUCAAAUUCUGAUGUUGGUCAUACUACUAUGCCCUCUGGCAGCUAUCUACGUGUGUGGGUUGUUGAUGUCCACAGGGAUAUCGAUUUGGCGUUUGAUACAACAUGAUUACGGUGGUAACUCGGAUGGAGGAUCAAACCUGAAGCCGGCGAUGGACACCUUGUACUCCCUGGCUCUGCUCCAAGGGCUGCUCUUCUGCUAUAGGUUCUUCUUUACUCUCAGGAAGGCGUCGUUUGUUAAGGAAGUGAUCCCUGAACCUUAUGAUAAGGAGGAAUUUGAAGUAGUUUCGUUGUACUUGCGGGAAACAAGGAUCGGGUGCGAGAAGGACCCAUCAUUCGUGAGAGGAAGAAAUCUCAUCACACAUUCUGUAGACUUGAUUGGUUCCAAGUCACGUGAUGACUGCCUUUCCGGGGUAAAGAUGCUGUACUCAGCCAUAUGCAUUGGGGAGAGGAGACUGAACAAGGCAAGAGUCAAGGACCCAAACAAAUACUAUUUUUUGAAAGAAAGCAUAAAGGAUCGCUGUCGUACCACAUGGGAAGAGAUCAUUGGGAAGCACAUGCUGAUGAGACAUCUUAUUGUGUAUGCAGCUCCCUCUUCACCCGUACUCCAGAAACUGUUGGAACUGCUUGAUCCGCAUGGCGCCUGUGACCGAGAGAUGAGGAACCGGGCUGCGAGGAUAGUGGCGCACCUCGCUAUGGACAUCCAUUUGGAGCAGUUCCCACAGGCGAUCAAGCACAUUUCUACGCUGAUCGGGAUGACUUUCGAAGAAUACUGUCUGAUGGAGCCAUACAAUGUAGAGCGGCUACUACACAGAUAUGACCAGAAUCGGGGUUGGCAAGCCAGUUGUCGCCUGCCGUCACCAGACAACGAUACCACUAACCUUCGGGAGGCCUACGAGAAGCUGGUGCUGCGAGGCUUGUGCAUCCUCCGAAAGCUGGCGACCAACGAGGAUAACUGCAGAAUCAUUAGCCAUACCCAAGGUCUGCUCCCCAGGAUCAUGGCGCCCCUCACCUCCGACAUAAUCCACCGAUUCAGUGGUGGUGCGUGGUCCAUCAGCGUAGUAGAGGGGUCGCUGAAGGCCAUGGGCCUUCUCGUGGCUUCUCCCGGAGAGAUUGGCGCCAAGCUGCGUCGAGAAAUCUGUAGCAACAAGGAGGCAAUCGGCACCAUGGAGAGGAUUCUCAGAUGUGACACCUGCUGUGCAAAGCUGCAGAAACGAGCUAUGGAGAUUCUCAUGCAACUAUACGUGGAUAACCAGGAGAAAAGAGAAGCUUGCAUCAAGAUGCUGGUAGACAUCUUUGCUGGCGAUAGCAAGGACAAGUCCAUCAGAAAGUUGGCAGGUAAAGCACUGGCAAAGCUGUGUAUGCAAGACGGAAGCAAUAGUCUUAUUAUCUUACAGGUGAACGGUGAUGUUCUUGGUAGGCUCAACAAGAUACUACUUGUUGAUGAUGCUGAGAACAAGAAAUGCAGGAUAAGUGCAGCUGAAAUCCUAGAGCAAAUGUGUGUUCAUCACAACCAAGACAAUGAAUGCCUCAGUGAACUUAAGAAAGCCAUGGCUGAUACAAUGCCCAAGGUGCUUGCAAAAAUACUUUCUCGUGGACCGACGGAAGAUGAAACACAUGUAACAACAGAAGAAGACCAAGUCAAGGUCAUACAGAAAAAGGUUGACAUCGAAAACCAAUGUGAUGAAAAUGGCAGGGAUAAAACCUCUUCUUCCACUCUUCCUCAAAACAUUAAGGACUACGAAUAUGACGUGCUGCCGGAGGUUGAGGAGGACGAGUCGGAGAACGAUGAGGACGAGGACCUCCAUGCACCCUUAUUAUCCCUUUGCGUGGCGAUAUGCGACACAUUAAUCAGUGUUGAUCAAGAUUUGGCCAGUCAGUUUGGUGAGAUCAGCCUUCCAAGCAAGCUCAAGGACAUGGUAGCAGAAAACAGCUUUCCUACUGCACGUUGCCUGAGACUGAUGAAGCUCACCUGUAAGAUGGUCAUAUCAAUGAUGAAACACAGGGGCAGCUACCGCAAAGAAGAGCUGGAGAGCUUGACGCAAGCACUAUCCAUUGCUUCUGAAACUGAAAGGAUGUCCCAUCUUGACAUCUCUAUGGUUUUCGCCAGCACAGAUGAUGGCUCAGCGACAGCAGUGAAGCCUGUCAGGAGUCUUGGUUCUCUGGUAAAAGAAGCUAAAGAAAGUGUCGAUGCAUACUUCAAGCCACAAGAUAUGUAGCAGUUCACCCGCGCUGCUCCGCCCACUGGUAACCCUGAUCAAGUUGAGACUUACUGUUCACCUGCAGUACUGCUUUACUCUACAUAACCAUUGUGUGUUUGCUCCUCCGUAUAUCAGCUAGCUCCAAAAUAAUUUGCGUGUCCCUUGAGGACCGACCAAUGCGCUGUAUUUGUUUGUGUUUCUGUGUACAUCCAUAUUUCUUGAUUGUUAUUACUGUAUCU